AUGUUUAGUGGUGAAGUUGCUUCUUUGCAACAAGUAGAAUUGGAUAGUGUUAAUAUAAGUGGAGAAACACUAUCAAAGUUUAUUAGUAAGUGCCCUAAUAUUAGAGAAUUGAGAUUGGUGAAUUGCAUCAGGCUAAGGUCUCUAGUGUUACCUAAAGUAAAUCGUUUGAAGAAGCUUCAUGUGCAAAUGAUGGAUUCUUAUCCUUCUAUUACCGACGUACAAGUUAUUGCCCCGAGUUUACAAGUGUUCCAUUUUGUUCAGAAUAAUAGCAGCACAGAUGUAGUUAAUAUGGAUAUUCGUGCUUGUAGAAUGUUGCGGGAAUUUCACUUGCAAUGUAACAUAUUCCCUGUGGGUCUUGAUCAUGAACACUUCAUUUCAGAUUUUCCUCAUCUUGAGAAUCUAAUGCUUGGCCCUUGUGAGACAUCAAAGCGUGUCAAAAUUUCGAGUCCAUCCCUUAGAAAAUUAACCUUAUUGUUCACACAACUGUAUAAUUAUAAUUAUUCAAGGAAAAGUGUAGUUUCAGUUCCCAAUUUAUGUUUUUUUCAUUAUGUCGGUAGAACAUUUAAAUCAUCUUUAGCUCCAAGUGAAACUCCAAAGUUUUUGAAGAUCAUCGGUGUUUCUUUGGUUCCUCACAUUGAGAAGAUCAAUAGAGCUUGGUUCCUCCAAUUGAGAAGUCAUCUAAAAAAAAUUAGCAACCCUGUUGCAUUGGCCUUAAUCAUUUAUGAUCAGGCAAUUUUUUCUGAAUUGAGCAAACGAGGACAUAAAUUGUGGAGCAUACCAAUUGGACGAAGUCCAACACAAGUGGUACCUCAUAUCGAACUCUUAAAGCUAGACAUAAGGCUCAAAGUUCAUCCACAGGAAUCCCAUGGAUGCUUGCUGAAAUAUAUAAUUGAUAACUUACUCUGGAUGUCUCAUCCAAAUGCAUUGACUCUAUCAAUGCCAGCUAGUUUUGCUGCAUUUGCACUUGGAAUCUGCAAUGAGUUUUUGAUAAGCAGAAGGGAAGGCAACUGCUGUACAGAUACUCAGAACAAGUGCUGGCGCCACCUCCUAAAGGAUUUCAUGGUUAGUGAAGUAGUUACUGAUGAAAAGGAAGCGGCAAAGAAGUUAAGUUUCGUAUUUACUUGGCAAAUAUGUGAAAUGAUGUCUCUUAAUUCCAAAUCUAGGAUAUGCUACUGUACCAUAGUAAAUAUACCUCUUGAAGAAAAUCAGCAACUCCCUUGUGAGUUAUCUGACUUUGAAGUAGAAGUGGUUAAAGGUAUAGAGGAAGCAGAAGAGGAUUAUGCUUCUUCUAUAGAAACAAAGCAGUUCAAGAAAGAAGCAUUCUGA